CUUCCAGUGGCGGCCGCGGGGGGCGCUGUUGUCGCUGUCCUUACCCAUAAGCGGGGGAGUGAGAGGUGCAUGAAAUGGAGAAAAAUGGCGGAUCAUGUGCAGGGCCUUGCCCAGCUGGAGAUCCUGUGUAAGCAGCUGUACGAGACGACCGAGUCCUCCGUCCGCCUCCAGGCAGAGAAAGCUCUGGUGGAGUUCACCAACAGCCCCGACUGUCUCAGCAAGUGUCAGCUGCUGCUGGAGAGAGGCAGCUCGUCGUACUCUCAGCUGCUCGCAGCCACGUGUUUGUCUAAACUGGUUUCUCGGACCAGCAACCCUCUGCCCCUGGAGCAACGCAUCGACAUACGGAACUAUGUUCUGAAUUAUUUGGCCACGCGGCCGAAGUUGGCGGCGUUUGUGACCCAGGCUCUGAUCCAGCUGUACGCCCGGAUCACCAAGCUGGGCUGGUUCGACUGCCAGAAAGAAGACUACGUGUUCAGGAACGUCAUCGCGGACGUGACCCGCUUCCUGCAGGACAGUGUUGAGCACUGCAUCAUAGGGGUGACCAUUCUGUCCCAGCUGACCAAUGAGAUCAAUCAGGCUGACACCACACAUCCUCUGACUAAACACAGGAAGAUCGCGUCAUCGUUCAGAGACUCCUCCCUCUUCGACAUCUUCACUCUGUCCUGUAACCUCCUCAAACAGGCGUCGGGGAAGAACCUGAACCUGAACGAUGAGUCGCAGCACGGGCUGCUCAUGCAGCUUCUCAAGCUCAGCUACAACUGCCUCAACUACGACUUCAUAGGAACUUCCACAGACGAGUCGUCGGACGACCUCUGCACUGUCCAGAUCCCCACGUCCUGGAGAUCAGCGUUUCUUGAUUCCUCCACCCUGCAGCUCUUUUUCAAUUUAUAUCAUUCCAUCCCUCCAUCCCUCUCUCCGUUGGUGUUGUCAUGUCUAGUUCAGAUCGCCUCCGUCAGACGAUCUCUCUUCAACAACGCAGAGCGAGCAAAGUUCCUCUCACAUCUGGUCGACGGAGUAAAGAGGAUAUUAGCAAACCCACAGUGUUUACCGGAUCCUAACAACUACCACGAGUUCUGUCGUCUGCUGGCGCGGCUGAAGAGCAACUACCAGCUGGGGGAACUGGUCAAAGUAGAAAACUACCCUGAAGUCAUUCGACUCAUAGCAAACUUCACUGUCACGAGUCUGCAGCACUGGGAGUUCGCUCCCAACAGCGUCCACUACCUGUUGAGUCUCUGGCAGCGUCUGGCGGCGUCGGUUCCUUACGUCAAAGCCACCGAGCCUCAUCUGCUGGAGACCUACACGCCGGAGGUCACCAAGGCCUACAUCACCUCGCGGCUGGAGUCGGUCCACGUCAUCCUCAGAGACGGUCUGGAGGAUCCUCUGGACGACGCCGGCCUCGUGCAGCAGCAGCUGGACCAGCUGUCCACCAUCGGGCGCUGCGAGUAUGAGAAGACGUGUGCUCUGCUGGUGCAGCUGUUCGACCAGGCGGCGCAGUCCUACCAGGAGCUGCUGCAGUCCACCAACUCCAGCGCCGCCGACAUCACCGUGCAGGAGGGUCGGCUGACGUGGUUGGUUUAUAUCAUCGGGGCGGUGAUCGGCGGCCGGGUGUCGUUUGCGAGUACGGACGAGCAGGACGCCAUGGACGGAGAGUUGGUCUGUCGGGUUCUGCAGCUGAUGAAUCUGACCGACUCCCGGCUGGCGCAGGCUGGAAACGAGAGGCUGGAGCUCGCCAUGCUCAGCUUCUUCGAACAGUUCAGGAAGAUCUACAUCGGGGACCAGGUGCAGAAAUCCUCAAAGCUUUAUCGACGACUAUCAGAAGUCCUGGGUCUGAACGACGAGACCAUGGUCCUCAGCGUCUUCAUCGGGAAAAUCAUCACAAACUUGAAGUACUGGGGCCAGUGUGAACCAAUCACCUCCAAGACACUGCAGCUACUAAACGACCUCUCACUAGGGUACAGCAGCGUGAGGAAGCUGGUGAAGCUCACUGCAGUUCAGUUCAUGUUGAACAACCACACGAGUGAACACUUCUCCUUCCUCGGAGUGAACAACCAGUCCAAUCUGAGUGACAUGAGGUGUCGGACCACCUUCUACACGGCACUGGGGCGCCUGCUAAUGGUGGAUCUGGGCGAGGACGAGGACCAGUUCGAACAGUUCAUGUUGCCUCUGACGGCCGCGUUUGAAACUGUGGCUCAGAUGUUGAGCACAAACACCUUCAAUGAGCAGGAAGCUAAGAGGACGCUGGUGGGUUUGGUCCGAGACCUGCGAGGCAUCGCGUUCGCCUUCAACGCCAAGACGAGCUUCAUGAUGCUCUUCGACUGGAUAUACCCAGCCUACAUGCCUAUUUUACAGAGAGCCAUCGAGCUGUGGUACCACGACCCAGCAUGCACCACGCCUGUCCUCAAGCUCAUGGCUGAACUCGUCCACAACAGAUCCCAGCGGUUACAGUUUGACGUGUCGUCACCAAACGGAAUCCUGUUGUUCAGAGAAACCAGUAAGAUGAUCACCACCUACGGGAAUCGCAUCCUGACGCUGGGGGAGGUUCCGAAGGACCAGGUGUACGGCGUGAAGCUGAAGGGCGUGAGCGUGUGCUUCGCCAUGCUGAAGGCGGUGCUCAGCGGAAACUACGUCAACUUCGGAGUCUUCCGUCUGUACGGAGACGACGCGCUGGACAACGCUCUGCAGACCUUCAUCAAGCUGCUGCUGUCCAUCCCCCACAGUGACCUACUAGACUACCCUAAGCUCAGCCAGUCGUUCUACUCGCUGCUGGAGGUGCUGACGCAGGAUCACAUGAACUUCAUCGCCAGUCUGGAGCCUCACGUGGUCAUGUACAUCCUGUCCUCCAUAUCAGAGGGACUGACGGCGCUCGACACGAUGGUGUGCACGGGCUGCUGCUCCAGUCUGGACCACAUCGUCACCUACUUGUUCAAACAGCUGUCGCGUUCCACAAAGAAGCGUCCGGCUCCCAUGGCCACGGACGACCGCUUCCUCCACAUCAUGCAGCAGCACCCGGAGAUGAUCCAGCAGAUGUUGUCGACAGUUCUGAACAUCAUCAUCUUCGAGGACUGUCGGAACCAGUGGUCGAUGUCCCGGCCGCUGUUAGGCCUCAUCCUGCUCAACGAGAAGUACUUCGCUGACCUGAGGAACAGCAUCGUGAACAGCCAGCCUCCAGAGAAGCAGCAAGCCAUGCACUUAUGUUUCGAGAACUUGAUGGAAGGAAUCGAACGAAAUCUACUCACCAAGAAUCGGGACAGGUUUACUCAGAACUUGUCGGUGUUCAGGAGGGAAGUGAACGACAGCAUGAAGAACUCCACGUACGGCGUCAACAGCAACGACAUGAUGAGCUGACAUUCCACACAUCAGAGUCUUAGAGCGCAGACAGAGCCCCCCCCACCCUCACCCCUCCUCCCCCCUCUCUGCAUCAGCGUCCCCCCCCCCGGGCCCGGAUGCCCGGGGGUCGUCUCUUCACUCGGAUUCACAGCGUACGGGAUCGUUGGUUCAGUUCAGCGAGUAACUCCCCCUCAGCCCUUCCUCCCCUUUUUGAUAGAAGCAUAUAUAAAUAUAUACAGAUCUAUUUUAACGCCAGUCUGCAUCGGUCUGACCUGACUGUAGGGGGCGCAUGUGGAAGCACUCGGAGGACGGGGGCGAGGACGGGGGCGAGGUGAGGAACGCCGGUUAAACGUAAUAAUCCGCUUCUGCCUGCCUUGUAUAGAAAAACACUCAAAAAACCAAGUGUACAUUUUUUUUCGUAACAUUUUGAACAAUGUUUAUAAUGAUGAUUGAAUUUAAAAACACACGAGUCGAGGAAAAAUGAAAAAAACUACAAAAAUCGUGUGAUUGAGCUUUUUACAGUGUAGUGAGUUAGGGCACCUGUCUGUCUGCGUGGGGGGGGGGCUGUGAGGACGCAGAGACACACACUAACACAGCGAGAGCGUCCACUUGUACAAUUUCCUCAGCUCUGGUUGGCGUGAUGUAAAUAGUCACAUGACCCCGUGGCAGGAUUUAAAGGGACAGUUCUGCUAUUUAUCCACGAGGUUUGGUUCUCGUGUCCGAUGAGUCGUGAACCUUCAGUUUGAGGAGAUUCUGAAGAUUGAAACUCCGUCGAAUCGAAUAAUCAUAACAAUCAAUUUCUGUCCUGAAGUGGACACGUGGCUUCAGGUCAGAAAUCUAAACGCAUCCAGAUGAAAAGAACCAAUCGAAGCCUCGUCCGGUGUUUCAGAUAAACGUUUAUUCAUCUGAAAGAUUCAACCUGAAACUUUCUUCCACUAUUUUAAAUUAGCGUCAUAACAUCAUCAAACAGUUUGAAGUCAUUUGGUUUUCCAUCAUUUUUCAGCUCAUCUUCAUCUUUUCAGUUAAAUGUCUCAAAACUUCACGUUCACAGGAUUUUAGUUUUCAUCAUUAUCUGAAACAUCCGAUCAGUUCGAUCAGUUCUCAAUCAUCAGCUCAUUAUGUUUUAAACUGCAACACUAAAACAAUGGGAGAAUCAGCCGUUUUGUCUUUGGACAUUUUUCACUGUUUUCUCACAUUUUAAUAUCGAUAAUCAGUUAAUGAAUCAAUGAGGAAAUUAUUAGAUUUGUCCCGAGUGUAAGAAAACAUCAACUCUCCUCAUCAGAUUAUUAAGGAUCAGUUUCCUCUGGUUUUGAGAAACACUCGUUGUUUGUGAUGAACGUUUCGUCACUUCCUGUUCGAACCUCCAGUCGUCACUUCCUGUUUGAACCUCCAGUCGUCACUUCCUGUUCGAACCUCCGGUCGUCACUUCCUGUUCGAACCUCCAGUCGUCACUUCCUGUUCGAACCUCCGGUCGUCACUUCCUGUUCGAACCUCCAGUCGUCACUUCCUGUUCGAACCUCCGGUCGGAUCCAUCGUGUUUUCUCCUCGAGUCUUCGCGACUCGUGUCCCUGUGACGUGUAAGCAACUUGGUCACGGCUACAUUUUCCCCUCUGGUAGGCCGGGUGCAGUUUCCACCAUUUUGUUUACACUCUGGAAUCCUCGGACCAGGUUUUGGGACUGCCCCCCCACCCCCACCCCCCUUUAGGUCCUGCAGUGGAGUCGUUUUGUGUGCGUGUGUAUGUGGCGUCUCAUGGUGCUCGUGAUGGAGCUCAAACAGCCAAGGUCUGUGCCACCGCAUUGGGGGGGGGGUCGUAAUGUUAUCAGUGAUAACGAUGGAGCUCUCCCGUCGUUCGUCAGCACUCGUGUCCAUCGGAGCUCGUUGAAGGAUCCAGUUCAGUUCUCAAACAUCUGAAGUCAGUUGCGUUGAAGCUUGGUAGAAGUCCGAGCAGUGUACAGGGAGAAGAGGCGUCGAUUAGCAGCUUGUGUUCCUCUCCACCACGUUGCUGCUAACUGUUUGUGACAACUAGCUCAUCUCUAACAUGUCCGCACUCAUGGAUGUUUCUUGAGUUCCUAAUUAUUUUUGGUUUGUGUCCCUGAUGUGAAUGUGUUGGGUCCAUAGAGUGAAUAGCUGUUUGAGUUGUUUGGAUGUCUGCUACAUAUAGUGUAAGCAUUGUGACUGCAAAUAAACCUCAUUGAUUUUUA